CAUACUAGAGAAAAGGUCUUCAUGAGCUAUAAGCGUCAAUAUGUAUUUAUUGCAACUUGUUGCUUGUUUUGCGGUUGCAGGCUGGUAGGCUUAUUGCUAACUUGAUUGUUAUGGGCUCUGGAAUAAUGAUAAGAGCGUUUGCACAAGCAUAUCGCCAAGCACUUGCAAAUGCCUCAAAGACUGGUGCUGCUCAAGAAGCAGUGGAAACUAUCAAACGAGGGAGUAAAAUGAUGACUGAUGCCGAGGCAAGGCAAAUCCUUGGUGUAACUGAGAAUACAUCGUGGGAAGAGAUUGUGAAGGUGUCUCCAUUUUCUGAUUCUGUUUCUUUUUCCUGCACUUUAAAUAAAAGGUUGCGUUUCUUGUGUCCUAAUAGUUAA